CGUGCAAGUCCGUGAACGAUGGCCGAAAGCGAUUUAGAUAGCGACGUGACCGAUCUGGAGGAGACCUUCAACAGAGCUGCCAAGUAUCUGCAGACAUUGGUAUCGGAAUUAGAUUCGGGCCAGCUGCUUGCAUUUUACGGUCUGUACAAACAAGCGACCGUGGGCCCGUGCGACAUCCCGAGGCCCAAUUGGUAUCAGGUGCAGGCCAAGCACAAGUGGGAAGCAUGGAAGAAUCUCGGGGACAUGAGCCGCGAGACCGCGAUGGAAAACUACGUCCACGGGAUCGCGAGGAUAAAUCCGACGUGGGACGAUGACGAGGCGAAGGCCGACUCUCCGAAAUGGAUCGUCUUUAGCAAACUGUCGUACGGGAGCGCGGAGUUGAACGAUGAAGACAAGACGUUCUUAGAUUGGAUCAAAGAGGGUAACGAGGCGAAGGUACGAGAAUUUUUAACCGAUGAGCCCGCGCUCGUGAACAAACCGGACGAGGAGGGCAUGCAUCCCAUACACUGGGCCGCAGAUCGCGGCUAUCUCGGUAUCCUGGAUUAUCUGAUUAAGAGCGGCGCGAAUGUAAAUUCGCGGGAUCAGUACGGGCAAACGGCCCUUCACUACGUAGUAAGUUGCGAUCACGUGGACGCGGUCAAGUACUUGCUUUCGAUCGGAGCUCAAUCAAACGUAGCGGAUAACGACGGUGUGACACCUAAAGAAAUCGCGAACGAGCAGAUCGCAGCUCUUUUAUAAUGCUACACCAUUCUGUACACAAGCACACUGCGUUUACGAUUGUUAAUUCUGUUUUACGUAUAUUAAUAAAUCCAGUGUACUGAUAA